AAUGCCACCACUGGGUUUCCUUUGAUAGGAAAUGAGUGUCCUGUGACCUCCUGUACCAAAAAUACCUCCACUCCAUUCCCCAUUCAUCUUCAUCCCUUAUAUACUGCUUUAUGUUGUUUGUUGAUGAUCUGUCUCCCCAACUAAACACGAGCUACACAAUGGCAAGAAUUUGCCUGUUUUUAUCACUACAUCCCCAACAAGAGAACAGGCUUUGCACAGAAUAAGAACUAAUGAACUGGAAUCAAAAAGGUCCAUCUCUGAUGGUUUCUAAAGGUAAAUUAUUCUUCUGUCUCUCCAGCCUUCAGUAUAAGGCCCUUGUGAUGCCAAUGGAUUUGGGAAGGGAGAAAUACAUCAAGGACCAUGACACUUACAAGCUGUCUCUACAGAACAACUAAUUGCAACAAAACCAAAAAAACAAGACUUGCUGGGUUCUGAGGAUUUAGGUUCUGGACUUGCAGUAUGGUAAAUAAUAAGCCAUCUUGUAUAUAAGUAGACCCAAAUCAAUGGAAAGAGUCAACCAAACCAGCAGUGUUUCCGAGUUUAUCCUCCUGGGACUCUCCUCCCAGCCUGGGGACCAGAAACCACUCUUUAUCCUCUUCCUCACCAUGUACCUGGUCACCAUAACAGGGAACCUGCUCAUUAUCCUCGCCAUCCACUCUGACCCCCAGCUCCAGACCCCCAUGUAUUUCUUCCUGAGUUUCCUGUCCUUCACUGAUAUUUGCUUUACAACAACCAUUGUCCCCAGGAUGCUAGUGAGCUUCCUGUCAGAGAAGACCAUCUCCUAUGCUGGGUGUCUGACACAGAUGUAUUUUAUUUAUGCUCUGGGCAACACUGACAGCUUCCUCCUGGCGGUCAUGGCCCUUGACCGCUAUGUGGCCAUCUGUGACCCCUUCCACUAUGUCACCACCAUGAACCACCACCACUGUGUCCUGCUGGUGGCCUUUUCCUGCUCACUUCCUCACCUCCACUCACUCCUACACACACUGCUACUGAAUCGUCUCACCUUCUGUGACAACAAUGUUAUCCAUCACUUCCUCUGUGACCUCAGUCCCCUGAUGAAAUUGUCCUGCUCCUCCACAUUUCUCAAUGAAAUUGUGAUAAUGUCAGAAUGUUCAGUUGUUUUGGUGACCCCCUUUCUGUGCAUCACCCUCUCUUAUAUACGAAUCCUCAUCACAGUUCUCAAGAUCCCCUCAGCUGCUGGGAAACGCAAAGCCUUCUCCACCUGUGGCUCUCACCUCACUGUGGUAACCCUCUUUUAUGGAAGCAUCUUCUACGUCUAUUUACAGCCCCUAUCCACCUACACUGCCAGGGACCACAUAGCAACACUUGUCUACACAGUUCUUACCUCCAUGCUGAACCCUUUUAUCUAUAGCCUGAGAAACAAAGACCUGAAACAGGGCCUGAGGAAGCUGAUGGGCAGGAGGAAAUCCCAGGCAGCACCCUCUUGACAAACCCACAAGUGGAAUCUGCUUACUUGAAUCUAAUAUCUACUAGAUCUUGGUGAACAACUGAACUGUUGGAGAUGAACUUUUUUAACCCAUGUGAGACAAGGCUGUUGUGGAUGCUCACAUGCAUUGAUGACAGCCCACCAAUUGUCCCCCUCUCUGCUAAAAUCAUGAUACUCUUCCUCACCAUUCCUCCAUUUCCCCACGGAGACUCGUCACCUCAUCCUCCAAAUACUGCUUGAAACUAAUUGUCUUCCCACAAAUAUUUCCUGAACAAAUAUCUCUCCUUUUAUUGAGUCUUACCCUCCAAACCCUUCACAUGGCAGCCUAUUGCUGGAAAUGAUUACUGAAUAUGUAGCUUUUGAAUGUCUUUGCAGACAUUUCAUGUGGAAAAGAAUGGAGGCAGAGAAGGAAGGGAAUGAGGAGAAUUACAUUUUAGCAACUUUUCUCAUUGUGAGGAUUUUUAUAAUUCCCCAUUUUUCUCAGUCAAAAAACGUUUCCUUCCUUAAAAAGUUUUACCCUUACUCCUCUCUUAAUUUUUUUUAAAUCUUUAUUUAUUUUCAAGAGAGAGACAGAGUGUGAGCAGGGGAGGAGCAGAGA